AUGGGCAAACCGAAGACGUACGCGCCCGCGAACUACGGCAGCGUCAGCGAGGCGCUGCUGGGCCUGUACACGGGCAAGGUGAAAGAUGUCGAGCGCGACAUGCUCUUCGACCGCUUCACGACGUCGCUCCUGAGCGACGCGGAGCUGCUGGCGAAGCCCAUGGUGCUGCUCCUGGGCCAGUACAGCAGCGGCAAGACGUCGUUCAUCCGCUAUCUGGCCGGCAGGGACUUCCCCGCGAUGCACAUCGGCCCGGAGCCGACGACGGACGGCUUCGCCGCGCUCAUGGACGGCGCGUCCGGCACGGCGAUCCCCGGCAACGCGGCGACGUCGAGCAAGUCGCGGCCCUUCCGCGCGCUGUCGAAAUUCGGCUCCGCGUUCCUCAACAAGUUCUGCAUCUCCGAGCUGCGGUGCGAGCUCACGGACCAGCUCACGUUGAUCGACACGCCGGGCAUCCUGGCGGGCUCGAAGCAGACCAUGGGCCGCCAGUACGACUUCUCCGCCAUCGUCAAGUGGUUCGCGGAGCGGUCCGACAUGAUCCUGCUGCUCUUCGACGCGCACAAGAUCGACGUGUCCGACGAGCUCAAGGAGAUCAUCGAGACGCUCCACGCCCACGACGAGAAGAUGCGCCUCGUGCUCAACAAGGCCGACUGUCUAAGUACGGAGGAGAUCAUGCACGUCUACGGCGGCACGAUGUGGUUCCUCGGCAAGGUCUUUACGACGCCCGAGGUCAAGCGGAGCUACAUGUCGUCGUUCUGGGACAAGCCGCUGAAGAACCCGGAGCUCGAGCGCUUCAUGACCGAGGAGCGGCAGCGGCUGCUGGACGACCUCUACGCGCUGCCCGCGGGCGCGCAGACGCGGAAGAUCAACGAGUUCGUGAAGCGCGUCCGCGCGGGCCGCGCGCACUGCCUCCUCUUCAACCAUUUGCGCGACUCCAUGCCCAAGCUCAUGGGCAAGGCCAAGGCCAAGGACCGCCUGAUCGAACAUCUACCCGACGAGUUCGCCAAGGUCGCGCAGAACUCGGGCGUGCCGCUCCAGGACUUUCCCGACGUCCGGUCGUACCAGAAAUUGCUCGCGUCCUACGACCUCUCGGCGCUGCCGAAGGCCUCCAAGGCCGUGCUCCAGGCCUACGAGGACGUCAUCGACAAGGACCUGCCGGGCAUCAUGGGCCACUUCACGGGCCGGAACCAGGAGCCCAAGGACGGCGCGGCCGCGGACUACGUCGCCGAGGAUCUCAAGGGCUGGCUCCACAAGCAGUCCACGAAGGGCGCGUGGCAGAAGCGCUACUUCAUCCUCAAGGACGGCGAGCUCUUCUACUUCCGCAAGCCCGAGGAGACGAAGCCCUCGGGCGCGCUGGACCUCUCGGGCUGCUCCGUGGCGGCCUACCCGGAGGCGGACCGCGACUUCGUCAUCCGCCUCGAGACGUCCGAGCGGCCCUACCACCUCGCCGCGGCCGACGGCGACGAGAUGAGCGCCUGGCUCCUCGCGCUCCGCGGCCACUGCGCGCUCCACGGCGGCGGCGGCGGCGAGAAGGCGACCUUCAAGUGA